GAGGAGACUCCGCGGCCCUCCCUCGGCCCUCCCGGCGGCGGCCGCUGUAAGCCCCGUGCCCGCUCCGCCCAGCCGCGGCGGGUCGGACGUCCGGAGCCCGCGGGUCCCCCGCCGAGGGCCAGUCCUAGAGGCUCUGGGUGGUACAAGUGUCCUGUCUGAGUUGGAGGAAGCCUGUCCUGCAAGAAGAGAGAGGGCAGCUGGCCAGAUUUGGCUGUGGAAGUUUGCAGGGCUGUGCUCUGCAGGUUCGCCUUGUGGCUGGGAGAGCAGCGGGUAGCAGUGGCCAUCAUGCACCGUGGUAUCACGUCCGCCACACAUCCCACGCGCCGCCCCUGAGUACCAGAGUUCGAGCCCAGGGCCCGCCCCCGCGGCUGUACCAUGAGCCACGGGCCGAGCCCCCGGCUGGCCGAGUCCCCGCAGCUGUCCAAGGGCAGCCUCCUGACCAUCCUGGGCAGCCCGUCGCCCGAGCGCAUGGGGCCGGCGGACUCGCUGCCGCCCACGCCGCCCAGCGGCACGCCCUCGCCCGGGCCCCCGCCAGCACUGCCGCUGCCGCCGGGGCCCUCUCUACUGGCUGACGGGGACUGGGAGAGCCGCGAGGAGCUCCGACUGCGGGAGUUGGAAGAGGCGCGCGCGCGAGCAGCGCAGAUGGAGAAGACCAUGCGCUGGUGGUCGGACUGCACGGCCAACUGGCGCGAGAAGUGGAGCAAGGUGCGCGCCGAGCGCAACCGCGCGCGCGAGGAGGUGCGCCAGCUGCGCCAGCGCCUUGACGCGCUCACCAAGGAGCUGGCGGGCGCGCGGCGCGAGCGCCAGGAGGCGCAGGGCGAGUGCGAGGCACGCGGCCGCGAGCUGGCGCGACUACGGGGCGCCCGGGGGACUGCCGACAGGACGCCGGACGGUCCUGAGACCGAGCCAGAGAGGGAGCAGGAGCCGGUGCGGGACGUCGGAUCUGAGAGACCUCAGAGCAGCCAGGAGCUGGAGCUGGUGGAGAGCCUGCUGAAGAGCAGACCGGAGGAGCCUGAGGGCUGCUGGGAGGCACGCAGUGUUGGGGCUGGGGCCCCACGGAGCAGCUCGGGCCGCCAGGAACGCAGUCGGCUGCCCUGGGAAGACACUGCCACCAUCGAGGAGGAUGCCUCCAAGUUGACCGCCCUGCGGCUGCGGCUAGAUGAGUCCCAGAAGGUGCUGCUCAAGGAGCGAGAGGAUAAAAUGGCACUGAGCAGGAACAUCGAGAAGCUGGAGGGGGAACUCAGCCAGUGGAAGAUCAAGUAUGAGGAGCUGAACAAGACCAAGCAGGAGAUGCUCAAGCAACUCAGCAUCCUGAAAGAGGCCCACCAGGAUGAGCUGGGCCGCAUGUCUGAGGACCUGGAGGAUGAGCUGGGUGCGCGCUCCAGCAUGGACCGGAAGAUGGCAGAGCUGAGGGGUGAGAUGGAACGGCUGCAGGCAGAGAAUGCUGCCGAGUGGGGUCGCCGUGAGCGGCUGGAGACUGAGAAGCUGGGCCUGGAGCGGGAGAACAAGAAGCUGCGGGCGCAGGUCGGGGACCUGGAGGAGGCGCUGGCCCGGCGGCGGCGGCAGACAGCCAGCGCACUGGACUGCGACCUGCGGGCCAGCCAGAGUGCGCUCUUCGAGAAGAACAAGGAGCUGGCCGACCUGAAGCACGUGCACGGCAAACUGAAGAAACAGUUCCAGGAGAAGGUGGCAGAGCUGGCACACGCCAACCGGCGGGUGGAGCAGCAUGAGGCAGAGGUGAAGAAGCUGCGGCUGCGAGUGGAGGAGCUCAAGAAGGAGCUCGCCCAGGCUGAGGAUGAGUUGGACGAGGCUCACAACCAGGCGCGUAAGCUGCAGCGAUCGCUGGACGAGCAGACGGAGCAGAGUGAGAACCUCCAAGUGCAGCUGGAGCAUGUGCAGUCCAGGCUCCGCAGGCAGCAGCAGAAUGCCCCCCUCUUUGGAAAGAUCCGCAGUGCUCGCUUUGGUGCUGAGGAGGCGGGAGACGGAGCCAGUGACCUGGACGAGGAUGAGGACCUGCAGAUCCAGGUGGCCUAGAGCUCCCAGGGCUGGGCAGGACUGGCCCACAGCCCAGGCCUCUGGGUGGCCAGGCCAACCAGCCACUCAGACUGAUGCAGCUGCCUGUACUCAUUCUGAGAGCAGACCCCUGUCUGUGCCACGGACGACUUCCUUCUCUCCCACAGUGGGCAUGGGUGGUCCUACCUUCCUACCCGCCGUGGAAAGGAAGCCAUGCCCAUGUUUUAUAUAUAUAUAUAUAUUUUAUAUAUAUAUAUAUUUUAUAUAUAUAUGUGCCUGGGGUCCUUGGACCCAUUUGGUUUUAUAAACAUAGGACCUCUCCAAGACUCAGUCUAGGAGCCCUGUUCCACCCAGAACCAUCAUCAAGGGGGAAGGGGCAUCAAAGGAAGGCUGUUGGGGCUUCCACCCAGGCUGUCUCUCUGAGCCUUGAGGGUAAGGUGGGGACUGUGGCUGUUCACAGCACAAUGUGAUAAACCCAGUCUUUUGUAAUAAAUGGAGUUUGGGUUCUCAGGGCAGAGUCCUGAGAAUGUGGCAAAUGUGGGCAGGUGGCAUGGGGACAGACAGGAUUAGCCUGCACCUGGCACUGACCCUGAGCUCAAGAAUGUUGUUAUUAAGUCCCUGAGUGACUUAAUGAAUGACUGUGAGAAAGAAUGAGUGAAUGAACACCAACCACUGAAUGGUCUGGAAUCCAGCUCCUAUGAGGGGAAGGAGAUGGUAUGGCCCAUGUCUAAUCUGAAGGAGACUUCAAUCCUGGCACCAAAUAAACUCAAAUCUCUGCUUUGCUCCUUA